AUGCCAUCGGAACCGGAAAAGGUGUUCAAUCCACAUGCGGAUGUCGCCAGCAAGGCGUACAUCAACAGCAUGCAGCAGUACCAGGAGUUCUACCAGCAGUCGUUGGAAAAUCCGGCCCAGUUCUGGGCGAACGUGGCCAAGCAAUUUCACUGGGAAACGCCGUACGAUCCGAAGAACUUCUUCUCCUACAACUUCGACAUCUCGAAAGGACCCAUCUUCGUCAAGUGGAUGGAGGGUGCGUCGACGAACAUUUGCUACAAUUUGCUGGAUCGAAAUGUAAAGAAUGGUCUCGGUGACACCGUUGCGUACUACUGGGAAGGAAACCACCCGGAUGACUACAGCCGGCUGACUUACCGGAAGCUGCUGGAGGAGGUGUGCCGUUUCGCGAACGUGCUGAAGAGUCACGGCGUACAGAAGGGUGACCGGGUAUCGAUCUACAUGCCCAUGACCAUGGAACUCCCGGUUGCCAUGCUAGCGUGUGCGAGAAUCGGUGCCGUUCACUCGAUUGUGUUUGCCGGCUUCUCGUCUGAUUCGUUGGCGGAGCGAAUGCACGAUUGCCAGGCCAAGGUGUUGAUUACCGCCGAUGGAGCCUGGCGCGGUGAGAAAAUCCUUCAGCUGAAGGAAAUCUGUGAUAUUGCUAUGGACAAGGCGGAAGAGCUCGGUCAUCAUGUGCAGACCUGCAUCGUAGUGUCACACAUCAACCGCGUUACGCCGGGCAAGGAAGAUUGGGACGGUUCGUUUGAUACUCCCUGGAGGGAUGGACGUGACUUCUGGUGGCAUCAGGAGAUGGAAGAUGCCGAACCGGCAUGCUAUCCCGAGUGGAUGUCAGCGGAGGAUCCACUGUUUAUGUUGUACACCAGCGGUUCUACGGGAAAACCGAAGGGUGUACUGCACACCACGGCCGGCUAUCUGCUGUACGCGGCGACCACGUUCAAAAUCGUGUUCGACUACAAACCGCUCGACAUUUACUGGUGCACAGCUGACAUUGGUUGGAUUACCGGGCACACGUACGUUCUGUACGGUCCACUGGCGAACGGUGCCACCUCGGUCAUGUUCGAAGGGACACCAUUCUUCCCGGAUACCGAUCGUUACUGGGAAAUCAUCGACAAGUAUAAGGUGACACAGUUCUACACUGCACCAACCGCCAUCCGUUCGCUGAUGAAGUUUGGCGACGAGCCGGUAUUGAAACAUGAUCUUUCCACCUUAAGAGUACUUGGAAGUGUCGGUGAACCGAUCAAUCCGGAAGCGUGGCUUUGGUACUAUCGCGUGAUCGGUAAGGAACGUUGCUCGAUUGUGGAUACCUUCUGGCAGACGGAAACGGGUGGACAUGUCAUCACGCCGCUUCCAGGAGCAACUCCUAUGAAGCCUGGCUCUGCCUCGUUCCCGUUCUUUGGCGUAAAACCAACACUGCUGGACGAAAGUGGCACGGAAAUCAAGGGUGAAGGCGAAGGCUAUCUCGUAUUCUCCCAACCUUGGCCGGGAAUGAUGCGCACCCUGUUCAACAACCAUCCUCGCUAUGAGUCGACAUACUUUUCCAAGUUCAAUGGUUAUUAUUGUACGGGUGAUGGUGCCCGUCGUGACGCGGAUGGAUAUUACUGGGUAACGGGCCGUGUGGACGACAUGCUGAACGUGUCUGGACAUCUGAUGUCCACCUCGGAGGUGGAAUCGGUGUUGACCGAGCAUCCACGUGUAUCGGAAGCGGCUGUCGUUUCUCGACCCCACCCAGUCAAGGGUGAAUGUUUGUACUGUUUCAUCACACCCAACCAGAACGAAGCGUUCGAUAAAACGCUCAUCAGCGAGCUGAAGGUGCUGGUGCGGGAACGUAUUGGGCCGUUUGCACAGCCAGACGUCAUUCAGCAUGCGCCGGGACUGCCGAAAACACGCUCCGGCAAGAUCAUGCGACGAGUACUGCGCAAGGUGGCAAUCAAUGAUCGUGAUGUGGGUGAUACGUCCACCUUGGCCGACGAGGCGAUCAUCGAACAGUUGUUUGCAAAUCGGCCUACAAACUAA